AUGAGAGCUGCCAUACAAGUGCUAUCUGCAAUAAUGCUCAAUGUGGAGUUCUUAACUGGGAAUUUGGGGAAUGGAUUCAUAGCACUGGUGAACAUCAUGGACUGGGUCAAGAGAGGAAAGAUCUCUUCAGUGGAUCAGAUCCUCACUGCUCUGGCAGUGAUCUCCAGGAUCACUGUGCUGUGGUCACUGUACAUUAUGGUAUCCAUAUUUUCAGUGUACCCAGAUGCAGAAGUGACUAUGACAACAGUAAGACUGACUCAUCUUAUCUGGGUAAUUUCUCAACAUUUUAGCAUUUGGCUGGCCACCAUUCUCAGCAUUCUUUAUUUUCUCAAGAUAGCCAAUUUUUCUAACUCUAUUUUCCUCUACCUAAGGUGGAGAUUUACAAAGGUGGUUUCAGUGGCAUUGUUGAUGUCUCUGCUCCUCUUGUUUUUAAAUAUUUUAGUGUCAAACAUCCACAUAGAUAUGUGGAUGAAUAAGUUCGAAACAAAUGUAUCUUACAGCUACAAAUUAAAGAAUUUUACACACAUUCCCACACUUCUUGUAUUAACAAAUAGUAUGGUAACCUUAAUGCCUUUCACUGUGUCCAUGACAAUGUUUAUCCUGCUUAUCUUCUCCCUGUGGAAACAUCUGAAGAAGAUAAAGCACAUUGCCAAAAGCUCCCGAGACACCAGUGGCACAGCUCACAUCAAAGCCUUGAAAACUGUGUUUGCCUUCCUCCUGCUGUAUGUAAUUUUUACUUUCUCUCUUUUUGUACAUCUUUGGAGCUAUGAGUUUGGAGAAAAAAAAAAACUUUUCAAAUAUUUUUGCCCUGUUGGCAUAAUUGCUUUCCCAUCACUCCAUUCGUUUGUCCUGAUUAUGGGAAACAGUAAGUUGAGGCAGACCUCUCUUCUGGUACUGUCCAUGUUAAGGUGCAAGAUCCAAGGAUGUUGA